GAGGGAGAAAAAAAAACGAAGAAGACCUAUCACACUUCCGGGUUAAAGUUAGUUCAAGUAGAGUUCGUUGUCGCCUUCUUGGAAUUCUAAAUCCAAAAAGACCAAAUUGAUAUUAUUGUAUACCACUGCGCAAUUUUCUUACAGCUCUUAUAUCCUUAUAUAAAGGGAUGCAACAUGGCAAUAACCUUAACUGUUGUCAGUCGUUGUUUUCUCGCGAGGUUAAUGUCACACGCUCGGUGUCAUCCAUCCAGCCAGUGUCCGAGCCGAAGAAACAUUUCCCUGAUUGACACACCAGGCAGCCGACUGGCCACGGUAGUGUUAUACAAUCACGGGGGAACCGGCGAAAACACGCGACUGGACCGAAAAGCUCCAUCGUGGGAUAGGAAAGGAGGAGAACGCGACGACGACAACCACUUCCGGCUGCUUCAGACGUUGUCAGCGGGCUUGGGACUCUGUGGUGCUGUGUUUCUGGACAUUAAAGAGGGCGGACUCGCAAAGAAAACACAAUCAAAUGGGGUACUUGAACGCAUCCUUUGGUCAGCAGAGUGUGCGUCCCCUUUUAAACCGGACAGUCCUCGGUAUAAAUACAACUUUAUUGCGGAUGUUGUGGAAAAGUCUACUCCGGCUGUGGUCUACAUAGAAAUCGUAGGCAGACAUCCAUUUUCAGGGAGAGAGAUGGCCGUGUCCAAUGGUUCUGGUUUUAUCAUCAGCAGUGAUGGACUCAUAGUGACCAAUGCUCAUGUUGUGGCCAAUAAGAGAGGGGUCCGAGUCAAGCUGACUAAUGGAGAAGUAUACCAGGCAACCGUGCAGGAUGUCGAUCAGGUGGCGGACAUUGCCACCAUCAAAAUCUCUGCAAAGAAUCCUUUACCCACACUCUCACUCGGCCGUUCGUCUGACGUCCGUCAAGGGGAGUUUGUCGUGGCCAUGGGAAGCCCGUUUGCUUUACGGAACACCAUCACAUCAGGCAUCAUUAGCUCAGUGCAGAGAGGCAGUAAGGAGCUGGGCCUGUCCAAUCCCAACAUGGACUACAUACAGACGGAUGCAGCCAUCGAUUUUGGGAAUUCCGGAGGCCCACUCAUCAAUCUGGAUGGUGAGGUCAUCGGGAUAAACACUAUGAAGGUCACUGCAGGAAUCUCCUUUGCUAUCCCAUCCGAUCGCCUGAGAUCUUUUCUUGAUCAAGCUGCAAACAGAAAAAAAGGUUCCUGGUUUGGCCAGUCGGAGACAAAGCGACGGUACAUUGGUGUCAUGAUGCUAACACUCACGCAGAGUAUCAUUGCAGAGUUGAAGUUGAGGGAUCCAUUUUUCCCAGAUGUGACACAUGGAAUUUUGAUCCACAGAGUCAUCGUCGGUUCCCCAGCAAACAGAGCUGGCCUGCUGCCAGGAGACGUUGUACUGGAAAUCAACGGAGCGAAGGUCAACACCUCAGAGGAGAUCUACACUGCUGUCCGCAGCAGCGAUAAGAUCACUAUGGUGGUGCAGAGAGGACGAGAGCAGCUUCACCUGCAAAUGACUCCUGAAUACACGGAGUGAUAAAGCAGCCACACCACAGAUGUUUCUCUCAUUUUGACCAACCAGCCAAGGGACUAAUUCAGGUCUGGGAGGGUCAUCACAGCUGGAAUUAAAUGUUUUCUACAAGGAAAA